AUGGAGUCCCCCGCUAUCCCGGUCCCGCUGGAUCCGCGGGAGCAGCCCAUCCUCGAACGCUUGCUCCGAACCCGCGAUGCGCUCCUGCUCAUCAAGCAGGACAAGUCUUCUUACAUCAAGUCUCGUGACGUCCUGCCGCUUUACGAGGAGGUGAUUGCGGAGGUUGAGAAGCUCAAUGCUGCCCGUAAAGAACCCGAGCGCCGCUUGGUACACAACCGUCUGGACUAUGUCUUGGAUGAUUGUUUCCAGUUGAUCUCGCUCCUGUUCUUGACAGUUGGACGGAACAAUGAAGCUCCCGCAGUGUACUCCUUGGCGACUACGAUUCAGCGUUUACUUGACCACCUCAAAGAGGCUGGAUUCUACAGCUCCAAAGACUUGAACUCGAUCACCAAGACCCUGGAGUCUACCCGCGAAACUCUCGAACGUGGCCGCGAUACCUACUCUCCAGCUCUCCUCACACUUUUGGAGAGCCGACUGGAACAAUGUGAAGCUUCUCUAGAGAAGUUGCAGAAAGGCCUUGCCGUUCUGGCUCCUCCUUUGGCACAGACACACGAGACCCUGGUCUCAAUUUUGCGGUCAACAUCCGCUGUCAACACUCGAACAAAGUUCUCAUCAUCCGAGGUGAAUGGUCUUCGCGAACAGCUGAAGAAGAUCGAAAAGGGAACAAAAGAUGGCAACUUUGUAGAUGCCGAGGGAAAUAUCCUCGCAGGACAAGACGAUCUCAAGUCUUUGAUCCAGCGCUGUUGGCGGUGGACUGAAAUCGUCUUGGAGCGAGAGGGAAAGAUUGAUGAGCGUUUCCGCGAUCAGUACGAGCGUUUGCUGGAGAUCCGCAACCAAUUGGAUCGCUUGUCCGUGACCCAGGCUUGGUCAUUGCGCGAGACAGAUCUAUUCGGAUACCAACGCAAACUAGACCGAAUUGACGAAGCACGGGUUAACGGAAACUUCGUCGAUGCGGAGGGCCAGCCUGCCGACCUUCAUGCGCAGCGGACAUUGCUGUACCUCAUUCGUCGCAGCUAUGCAUACAUUUAUGCGCUUCUCAUUUCAUCCGAGCCUGUAUCGGAAGCUCUUCUUCCUGUUUACAACCAACUCCAGACCCUUCGUCGAUGCUUAAUUGAGGUCAAGGAGUCUGGCGGCGUCGCCAAUUCCCGCGAACUAUAUCCAUACAGCAUGAAGCUCAACUCAAUUGACAACAUGCGCGUUGAUGGUAAAUUCUACGUGGGACCCGAUAUCCCAGAAGGCCAGGGCAGUGUGAACAACCUGCUUGCCGAAUGUUACGAUUAUGUCUGGGAACUCCGCGCUGCGGUGGUCGAUGAGGAAGAACAAUCCUAG